CCCUUUCGCCGGAGCGCCACUUGAGAGACCAACAAUGGCUUUGGAAGCUUACGCAUCACAAGCAUCCGAUUCAAUCCAUGCCAACGUUCUCUCACAAGCAAGGCUAGCUUGCUACAAGGCACGUGAUGCAUUUUAUGCAUGUUUAGAGAAGGAAUCGAACAAAAAACCCACAGAAAUUGCAUAUGUGGGGCUGCUUUACCCUGUGGAAUGCAAGAAAAACAGAGAGGCAUAUGUGAAGCAAUGCAGACCCACUUGGGUGAAGCAUUUUGAUAGGCAGUACUGUGCAAAGAAGAGGGUCCAGAGGCUGUUGGAUGAUAACGAGUCCAGGAGAGGGGUUUAAAGCUGGGCCCCUUCCGGAAGAUGCAAGUGAAUAGUCUAUCAGUUGUCCUUGUAACUUACCCGCACGACCCUUGCUUCGAACUUUACAAAACUUAAAUUGAGAACAAGAAGUCGCUGAUGUGCCAAGUUAUAAAGCAUUUUGCAAAUCUAAGAAGUCUGCUUGUGGCAUUCAUGUGCAUACUCAGCUAUGUG